AUGCCACUUCCUAAAAAUAAACUCGAGUGCUGUAUCCGACAUCCCAACUCUACUGAAGUCCUCAUAUGUACUAGCUGCAAUAAAAAAUACCACUAUAAUUGUGUCAGCACGUCAAAAACCCCGUUUGGUGAUCUAACUGACGCCUACAAAGUGAAUUGGCUGUGCCCAUCGUGCGCUAGGCCGAAGUCAGACAAUUCAAACACGCCCAUAAGAGGAGCUCCUUUACCUCGAGAAGUACAACCAGUAUCCCCUCUUCCGUUUGACGAGGUUCGUAAAAUAGUGCGGGAAGAGCUUGGAGCCGUAUUGGAGGUCUUCAAAACUAACAUUCGGGAACAAUUUAAACUACAAACACAAGAGGUCUUAGAUCAACUAUCUGGCGUGACGAACUCGUUAACAUUCCUUGAACAACAAUACGAACAAGUUGCUAGUGAGCUAAGUGUAAAAACAAAGGCUAUAAAAGUGUUAGAAUCUGAGAAUAUAUCACUUAAGUCAACUGUUAAGGACCUUAAUGUAAGACUGUCAAUAGUGGAACAACAGUCUCGUGCUGCAAACCUUGAAAUACAAAACGUCCCGGAGUUUGUUUCAGAAAAUCUACCUACCACAAUUAAGCAAUUAGCUUUAACAGUAAACUGUGAGCUUGUGGAAUCCGAUAUAUCAUAUUGUUCCCGGCUUGCGAAGGCAAACAAGGAUUCUACUCGUCCCCGCUCUGUGCUGGUAAAAUUUACUAACCCUAGAAUCCGGGAUACUGUACUUGCAGCGGUCAUUACAUUCAAUAAAAAAGCUGGAAAUAACACUGAGAAACUGAACACUAGCCAUUUGGGGUUAAGUGGAAGCAAGUAUCCUAUCUUUGUGCCCACCUCACAUCAUCCCAGAAGCAAUUGCAUGCUAAAGCUCGCCUCAGGGCUAAGGAGUUGGGCUACAAGUUUGUGUGGAUCAAGAACGGCCGCAUCUUUAUGCGCAAGGAGUCCUCUUCUGCGUACAAAUAUAUUAAAGAUUUAG